AUAUCGUACCAUUUAUAAAGUUAGAUACGAUUAGGGUUUUUUCCGCCAUCUCAGUACCCAACAACUCUCCCAGCUACUGCUGCUGUAACAUCUUCCAGCGGAAGCGCCAUGGCUUCAGAGAAGAAAUUGAGCAACCCCAUGAGAGAAAUUAAGGUCCAGAAGCUCGUUCUCAAUAUCUCCGUCGGUGAGAGCGGAGAUCGUCUCACCAGAGCAGCUAAGGUCUUGGAGCAGCUUAGCGGUCAAUCCCCUGUUUUCUCCAAGGCAAGGUAUACUGUGCGGUCUUUCGGAAUCAGGCGUAAUGAAAAGAUAGCUUGCUAUGUAACGGUCAGAGGGGAGAAAGCUAUGCAGCUACUUGAGAGUGGAUUGAAAGUUAAGGAAUAUGAGUUGUUGAGAAGGAACUUCAGUGAGACCGGCUGCUUUGGGUUUGGUAUUCAGGAGCACAUUGAUCUUGGAAUUAAAUAUGAUCCUUCAACUGGUAUUUAUGGCAUGGACUUCUAUGUUGUAUUGGAGCGUCCUGGAUACCGUGUUGCCCGUCGCCGCAGGUGCAAGUCUCGAGUUGGGAUUCAGCACAGAGUCACAAAGGAGGAUGCGAUGAAGUGGUUCCAGGUCAAAUAUGAAGGUGUUAUCCUUAACAAGUCCUCAAACAUUCAGUGAUAAGCUUAGAAAGCCAACUUCUGGAUCAGUCUGUCUCCUCGCAAGUUUAUGUUUAUGCAUUUUGUAGACCUGCAUCUAUAUCACUCGUAGAGGGAAGUUUUGGAGAGUUUCUAGUAGUAGCGUAUGAGGAUGUUUUAGUUCUCAUUUUGGCUAUCAGAUCAAUUCAAUCUUUUUUUUGGUCAUUUUCUUUUGUUGAAAUUAAAUCAGAAUCAUUCAACUCCACAAUCUAGUACAAUAGACUCUUUGAAUACCAGAUUUGUUUGCUAUUGUGGUAACAAAUUAAUCCACUGUUUAAGCGUUGUUUUU